AUGGAAUUCACAUUGCUUUGUAACCUCGGAGGUCCGCGCAAUGCCAGCGUUUCUUUACGGCUUCAGCUGCUGCAUGUGUGGCCGGCGAAGUCUCCAGGGGACAUUAGGAUCUACAAUUACUAUAAGUUGGUAUGCUUUGCGCAGGGUACGCUGAUUCAUGGCGUCUCACCAACUUCAAUGGCUUCUGGGAUUCGUCGUAAUCUCUCGGUUGGAAAGAUAUACGUCAUAAAGUCUUUUGCCCUGAGAAACCCGCCGAAUCAGUAUCGAUCGUGUUCCUUUGAUUUGGCUUUGGGGCUUUCGCCUUCGACUUCUUUCCAGCCCUGUGUUCUUCCUGCUGAAAGUUUCCUGGUUGAUGCUUACGAGUUUGUGGCUUUCUCCCAGUUAAAUAUGCGUGCCGGUAACCAUUGUUACUUGACAGAUGUCAUUGGCCGAUUCUAUUCGAUCAGUGGGAUAUCGCACAAGAUCACAAAUAACGGCCCUGCAGUCAAGCAGACGAUUACCAUUGAGGAUGAAAGUGGAGUGAAGGUCUCGAUUACGCUCUGGGAUGAGUUCUCCAUGGUGUUGGAUCAUGUUGCUCUCAGUCAGGCUGACUCGAUUGAAGCUGUGAUUUUGGCACUUGGCGGCUUGCUGGUUAAUAAGUUGGGAGAUGAUUAUGUUCUGUCGAGUUCAGCCGCUACUCGCAUAGCAAUCAAUCCUCCUGUACCAAAGGCUUAUUAUCUUGCAUCUAGGUUUGCUGAGAAACAUGAGGUUGUUGAAUCCUUGCCAGUUGAUUUUGCUACGGCAGUUGAUGCUACAGCUGAUGCAGAUUGUCGAACUAAGACUUUGGACCAGUUGUUGGCCUUAUCCAGAACGAAUUCCUCACGGGAAGAGAAGUAUCGUUGCGGUGGAGUGAUUGUCGAUGUAGAGUCAAGCACACCUUGCCAAGUCGUUCCUCUUGAUGAUCCUACGGUGGUGGGUGAUUUGCUUGAGUAUUCUUCGCACCCUCCGUUGGCUGCUCCUGUUGUGUGCACAUCGAGUAGCGUGGGAGGCCCAUCAGGUUCAUCGAGGGCUGCAAAGGGAAAGGAAAAGGUUUCAGACUCUCUCCUCGUUGAAGCUCCAGCUAUGCCGUUUAACAUCACUGAUGAACCAGAUCUAAUUGAUAGAUUUCCCAGCUCCGAGGCCAAGGAUUUGCGGAACCCUAUUUCUGCAAAUGUCGGAAGUGAAGAUAUUGAUACUGGGUCGCGGAUUCUUGGAGGUUCUCAGCUUUCAGUGAUGGGUGUACAAGUGGGCUCUACCCGAGCUGCUGCAACUGUGCCCAUGUCUUCUGCAGUCCAUUCUUGUGCACCAUCUGUCCAAUCUGCUACUUCGAUGAUCCCCAAACGAUCAUCCAGAAUUGAUGAGUCCAUGAGCCCUGAGGAUGUUGGUCGUGAUUCAUCUAUGCCCGCUGCAAAAAUUCUGAAGCCAUCCCCCGAGUCAUCUCUUGGAAAGACCUUAGGUUCAACCGUCGGCUCGCCUUCGGCAUCGCUGUUGGUUUCUCCACUGGCCAAGAUCAAGGUGGAGAAAUUAGAUGCUGCCGAUAUUGCUCAGGUGCCACAUGGUGGUUCCUCGCAGGCAGGUGUUAAUAUAGAAAGGGAUUCUUCAGUGGAUAGUCAGAAGAACUCGGCUGCAAAACGUGCUUUGUUCAAGAACAAUGCCUCCAAGAAUAAGAAAAGCUCAAUAUCAGACUUUAACACGUCCAUCACGGCAAAGGAUAUUGUGCUAUCAGACUAUGAAGCAAUUGGGAGACAGAGAAAUAACCCAACCCAUAUUUUAUCAGGAACAGGGGGAGCGUUAUAUGGGGGCUGA